CUGUAUUACUGCGCUGUGUAGGUGCGACUCCAGCUCUGCCGGUGCACCUGUUGCGUUGUUGUGCCAUGACUGAAGAGCUCAUAACGUGCGAGUUAACAUGUCCGACGUCCCCCGUCGACAAAAAGGAGACUUUUACCGGCGUUAAAAUCGAGGAUAUGGAUUUUGAACAGCCUAUUUUCUCCGUGUUGAGCGACGGGGUGAAGGAGAAGGAGCACCAGCAGGCGGGGGACAAGAGCUCCUUCGGCGGUGAAGUCGAGGCGAACUUUCCGGGAGGGACCGCCACAGCCACGGACACCGAGUCUGGGAUCUUCUCCGGUGAAUUGGAGCUGUGCGUGGAGCAUGAAACUGAGCUGGACUGGUUCUGUGGGACCGAGCAGAAACUCAUUUGCUCUCAUUGCGCCAUUGUGGGCCCCUGCCACGGGCACACGGUGACCCGUUUGGUUACCAGAGUAACCGCAGUAAGGAACCAACUGGUGGAUGUGUGUGAGAAAAUACAGCUGCAGGCUCUGAGGAUUGAGAAGUUUAUCGAGCAGACGCUGACAGCCAAAGAGCAAAAGCUUCAGGCAGCAGCAAGCAGGGCCAGAGAGCAGGUCCUGGCUCAGGUCAGCGCGGCACGUGAAGCCCUGGAGGAGGAGGAGCAGCGCCUGUUGGAGGAGGUGCAGAGAGAAGAGGAGCGAGUGGAGCAGUGUCUCCUCACCCAGAGAGCUCACUGGAGCCAGGCUCUGUCCAGUCUGUCGCAAACACGCUCCAGCCUGGUGCACACGCUGACACACACUCCAGACACACAGCUAGUGACAAGUGUCCAGGAGAUUGCAGAAAGGGUGGAGGAGGCCGAAGGGGUCGGGGAGCCAGUUGACACAGACCAGCUCAACCUGAACCCUGCAUGCAGCGACAGCAAGCUGCUCAGGGGGCUAUGGGCCUCUGCUGUUCUGCUGGGGCCAAAUGCUUACGGAUCGCCGUAUUUAAAGUUUGAUGAGCGCACCGUGAGCCCCCUCCUCUCUCUCUCUGACAACUUCUGCACUUUAACCUUCCUCCACAAAAAAUCUCGCCAGUCGCCACCCUAUGACCCCGCACGCUUCGACUGUUGGCCCAACGCGCUGGGAUCCCUGUCCAUGUCCUCCGGCACCCACAGCUGGGUGGUGGACGUCGGCCAGAGCGGCGCCUUCAAGGUCGGGGUCUGCUACUCCUCUCUGGAGCGGAAGGGCUCAGGAAAUGGGGCUCGACUGGGUCACAAUGAUCAGUCCUGGGUGCUGUCCCAUUAUGACGGGGACUACUCCUUCUGCCACGCGGGGAAGAAGGUUCCUCUGCAAGUAGUGAGGAGACCAGAGAGGAUCGGGCUGCUGCUAGACUGGCCGAGUAAAACGCUGUUGUUUUAUGAGCCAGACUCCUUUGCUGUUGUGUACAGCAUAACACAUCCUUUUAGUGGCCCGCUGCUGCCGGCGUGCGCUGUGACUGACCGCAGUAUCACCAUACUGCAUUGACAGAGCAACAGAAAUUACUUUAUUUACCUUUAACAUGUGAAGAAAUGCAAGAGAAAGACAACUCUAUGAAGCCAAAUAUCCUAAAUCUGUGCAAUUGUGAGAGAUGUAUUUCCUUCUUGUUAUUUUGGGUUUUUUGCCUUUAAAUUAGAUCAACUGUAGAGAGAAUGGCUGUAUGAAGAAGACAGUGGGGAAAAGGGCACCAAAUAGGCAAGUGUUGACAUAAAGGUUGUGAAGAUUUUUGAUACCGUGUGUCUUAAAUGAUACAAUCUCUGUUAUUUUAGUGAUCAGUAGGAACAAAAAGCACCAAAGCUGUAGAGGAGCUAAGAUUUUUUAAUAGACAGGUGCAUUCGAGAGGAGUCAAUCCAUUAAAAGUGACAACAGUGACAACUUUUUGUACCAAACCAAUGCUAAUGUAUUUUUGCAAUUUCAAUCAGAAUCAACUUACCAAGUACAUUUUUAUUUACAAGAAAUUUGACUUGGUGUACAAAAGAGACAACAUGGAAGAAGAAUAAAAAUUAAGAGGUGAAUAAAAAUAUUAAGAGGCCAGAAACUUAAAUAGAUUGUUAUAGAAAAUAUAGUAGUAAUAGUAUAUAAACAUCACAAAAGUAUGUACAGAGGUGCAAAACUGGAGAAACUGGACAGGUCUUCAGAUUUACUGGUUAUAGUGCAAUUAUCUAAAGAAAAUAUGGCACAUAGAGUUUGCAGUUGUAAACAGAAGAGAUAAAGUCCAGUGAGUGUUAAUGUAACGCAUAGAGUCUUUACAAACAUGCAUUACUUUGUCUGCUGGUUCUGGUUCUGGUAGGGGAGAGGGCCAGAGUACUGUUCACUAGACCAGUGGUUCUCAACGUGGGGGUCGGGACCCCCUUGGCAGUCGUGGGACUGACGGGGUCUACACGUGCCUUAGAAAAACUGUGGAUAUUCUUUAAACUACACUUUUGCUACUUAACACUAAUUUUAACCCAUUUUCAUCCAUUUUCCCAACAAUUUUGCAAUUUAAACACAUUUUUGCUACUUAAAACCAAUUUUUGUACAUUUUAAACCCUUUCCACCACUUGUCCCAAUGUUGACCUACUAUUUCCACGAUUAACCACUUUUUACACCCAUUUUUGCCCAUUUUAACCACAUUUUACCAUUCAUUAUGACCAUUUUUGCCAG